CUCCAGCAGAUCCCCCCUCUGAAAUCUCAGGGAGGAUCUCGACAGUCGGAGAGUUGCUGUCAGUUUGACGCGAGUUUGUUUCAACAAGGAAGUGUCGCUCGGAAGACAGACAGGCAGAAAGGAUCCGUUUUGAGAAUGUCAGGGACUCUGGUUGUGUGUGAAGUGGAUGAAAGCGUGACUGCUUUAUUGAAAAAGUUCAGAUUUCGAAAGGAGACCACCAAUGCUGCCAUUGUAAUGAAAAUAGACAUGGAGAAACAGCUUAUUGUCCUUGAUGAAGAACAUGAGGACAUCUCACUGGAGGACUUGAGCAAUGAAAUUCCAGCUCAUCAACCCAGAUACAUUGUCUACAGCUACAAAUUAAACCAUGAUGAUGGGAGGGUGUCGUACCCUCUCUGUUUCAUAUUCUCCAGUCCAACGGGAUGCAAGACAGAACAAAACAUGAUGUACGCAGGCAGCAAGAAUGAACUGGUCAAAGCUGCAGGGCUCACAAAGAUCUUUGAAAUAAGGAGUACUGACGAGUUGACAGAAGAGUGGCUGAAGGGGCGUCUGGCGCUGUUUCACUGAAUAUUCAUCUUGAAAACAAGCAGUACUUUUUCUUUGCGAAACAUGCCCGUGGAUGUUAAUUUUCUGUUGUUGAGCAUGUUAUUGCUAUUAAAAAGAUUUUCUGUAUAAAAA